CUCGCGUUGGAGCAGCAGAUGGGCGGAAAAGGCGGGAGAAGACUGCCGCUUCCGCGUCCGCGCAGCACAGACACAACAGUAGGGCAAAAUGGACGAUAAGUUAAUAUUGGCUGUAUUUAAUUACCCAGAGCUGUACAAUGUCACUUUGCCGAAUUACCGCUGCACUGAAAGUCGGGCAAAUGCUUGGAGAAACAUCAGUAUCGCACUGGGUCUCCCAUCUGAUGAGUGUAAAAGAAAAUGGAAGAACAUGAGAGACAGGUACUUGAAGGAAGUACGAAUGGAGAUCAAAAGCAAGAAGCAAGGAGAGAUUGUGCAAAGUAGAUGGAAAUACAGACAACUUAUGAAUUUUAUUGCACCCUUCACUGGGUCGAGAAGCGGAGUGGCCGACAUCUGCGGCAACAACGACGACGACCAUGACAAUCCUGACAACGAGUCGUGCAGCGCGGAGGGAGAAAGCGCUUCCUCUGACGCAGUCAAGACGCCGCAGUCCAUCAUGAAGGUCCCUGUGAGUCAACCUGACCUCAAGCCCCAGGUAGCGUUCAUGACUCAGCUCCCUUCGGUGUCUCAAGACGCACAGAUGGCCCAGCUGGCCGUUCUGGCUAAGAUGCCGUCAGGCCAACAGAUCACGCCGAGCACCAAAACUGGAAGGAAGCGGCGCCUGAUGCAAGAGGCACUUUCACUGCCUUCUUCUCCAAGUACAACAUCCCCAACAAAAUGGCUAGUCAAAGACAAUGGCACCUCAUUUCCCAACAGGCCGCGGGAUGAGGAUGAACUGUUUCUGCUGAGCUUUGUCCCCGCUCUGAAGCGACUCGCUCCACAGAAAAGGUGUGAGACAAAAAUAAAGAUCCAGCAGAUUAUGUAUGAAGCAGAGUUCAACAUCGCACAGUCAGAAUCUCAAGAGAAACAGCCGGAGCCAGAAACGCAGGACUAGACCAAACUGACUGUUUUUGUACUUUUACUUUUGUUUUCUAAAAAUCCACAAAAUGACCAAAAUAUAUUUUUACAGCACAGAAUGGUUGAGUUUGAAGUAAACCCCUUUUUCAUGUGAAAUUAACUGAAGAAUAACUGAAGUUGCUCUACAUGUUCAACUCAGUAUUGAACAGGUUGUUGAAUAUUUCCACACCACUCCGGUUUGGUGUGUCUGGAGUUGCAUAUUUAUUGGAUGAGAAAGGAUUAUGAAUUUACACCUUAAUAAGACGACAAACAGACUAUGAUUAACAUCUUUAUUUACAUGGUUUUUACUGUCAAUAGAGUGAAUUCACAUUUAGAAAAGUUGUUUUAUUUUUCAAUCUUCAUUAACUCUGUAAUAAUCUACAGUAUUUUACAUUUAAUUACAGAAACCAGAGCAAAAGAAACUUUCCAGUUUGGAGAGGAACACUGUUUCAUAACUGCUUACAUGCAUCAACACAUUGCUUUUUUAAUCUCAUCUAAAAUAAAGAGACAAUGUCUGACAUUGUUUUGAUUCCAAAAAA